AAACCGAUGACAAACUUAGCAUAAAUCAUGCUGGAAGUACAGAACCUAGAAUGUCAUCUAUUUUUGCUAAUAGUACUGAAGACUACCAGCCAAGAGACAACUUAGAAUUGACAAGUCCUGUUAGAGAAUUUCCAGAAGAUAUGGAUGAUUGUAUAUUGAGAGACAUUUUGGGAGAUUCUGGGGAUGACAGUGAUAAAGAUCCUACCUGGGAACCAAUUGAUGAACAAAAUGAAAAGAGAAAGGAACAUCCACUCACUUUUAUUCAACCAGAUUCCAUGGAUAUUGAUCUUCACUUAGACUCUUCCAAAGAUGAUGAAAGUUCGUUAUGUAAGUGUAACAUUUUAUUUUAUUAUUAAUUUUUUUUAAUAAAAAAUAUUUUAUUUUUCUUAUCCUACU